GUCAAAUCAAUUCGUCAAGAAACUUCAAAGUCUUCCUUCUUUAGCGCUCAAUAAUCCUUCCCUCUCGCAUCAGAAUGAGUCCCAGAUCGGAAUUAUUAUCUUUUGUCAAGUGGAUUGGAAUCGCCUGCAUCUUGGUGCUGCAAGUGUGUCCGUCACUGCAAGCGUCAAUCGUAGCGCCCGGCGCUCCUAGAAAAACCCUUUGCGACGCCCGGGCAUUCCGCCUGGCCAUCGUCAAGUACUGCACGUUUCAACGUCGAGACAUCCACCCAGAGCCGGCCAGUCCCAGUCGAUACUUUUACAACGUCAACGAAAACGAAAGUGGGACGGUCCUAAGCGAUGGGGCGCCGCAGGGCGAACGGGAAGAGUACGGCAAGCUGGUUUUCACUCAGCUGGGCAAGGAAACUCUAUUCUUCCCGGUCGAGGUCUUCUCGGCCAAAGUCAAGCGCCACCGCGAGUACAAUCUCCACCAGAAAUGUUGUCUCACCGGCUGCAACCCGGUCGAUUUCACCGUCGUCUGCUGACAAUUUCAUUUGGAUUCCCCGCCCCUCCCCACUUGCUGGUCUUGUGUUGUCAUUUGAUAUUCCUAAUAUUUCUGUUUACUUUUUAGUCACUCGAACGCGAAUAGAUUUUUACUUGUUUCCUUUUUAAAAUAUUGAAAAAUACAAAAUAAGACUCACCACA